AUGCUGUCUCUCUUCCUCAUUCUUAUAAUAUCUCUAAGCGGAUCUCAAAUCUUUCCAGCUUUCUUCAUUCAUUUUAGUACUAUGAGUCAGCAAAUAGUCAUUGGAAGACUUGAGGAAGAUGUAAUUCUCUCUUGAUUAUUUGAGAGUGGUGAAAAAGUCAUAAUUCACUGGAGGAAUCAGGGUGAUGUUUAUACGUACUAAAAAGACAGUGACCAUUUGGGAAAACAAGAUCCCAGAUACACAACCAGGACCCUCUUCCUGAGUGAAAUCCACAGUGAAAAUGCUUCCCUACCUUUCAGAAGGUUAAGCCAUUUGGAUGAAGGAAUUUAAUUGUGCUAUAUGGAAACAACAGCUAGAAAAAUCACAAAAUGGCCUAACAAGAAGCUAAUGACGACAGCUCCCAAAAGCCCUUCUUCCUCCCUCUUCACUUUUGUCACACUGGCGAUAAAGUAUGAAAAGAGGAACACAAACAGCUCAGUAAUAUGUGGCGUGUUAAGCGUUUAUCCUUGUCCAGUUCGUACAUGGCAAGUGGAAAAUACACCUAUCCCUGAAGGCAAUAUGGAAGGAAUUGGGUCUUUUGAUCCUUUUUAUAAUAAGGGUAGAGUAAAUAUCAUAGGAUCAAAUUUAUUGUAUGCAUGUACUAUUGAAAAUCCAUUGCUGAAGCAAACAUGGACAGGGAGAUGGACAAUGAAAGGUGGGCUUCAUGGGGCUUUCUGUGUAUAUGUGCUAUGUCAGAGGGUUGGGGGAAUAGGGAAUGAUUUGCAGGACAGAACAGAACACAAAGGAAAGAAAAUGCAUCUGUGA